UGUGCUGUGAAAGGUUGCCGGAACCGUGGAGGGGCUGCAUCGAGACAAAACAACAAGAGAGUUAGCUUCUACCCUUUCUAAUGGCGAUUAUAUAAACAUUAGAAGAUAGCGUCAUGUACUUUACAGGGAUAAUGGAAGUGAGCUAAAGAUGAUUUUACUAAUGCAUUCAAAUGACAGUCAUCCUCAGCAGGGGUUUAAACAGUAACAUAUUCAUGUUCCUGCAAAGGUUUCCCAUCCCAGACAAGGGGAGACUUCAGAAGUGGGUGGACAACAUACAGAGGGAAGAGUGGACCCCAAGUCGGCAUCAGUGUGUGUGCAGCGAGCAUUUCACAGACGACUGCUUUGACAUCAGAUGGGGCAUCCGCUACCUGAAGAAUACAGCCAUCCCCACCAUCUUUCCUGCACCUGAUGAUGAUGGUGAGAAAAAAAUGACCAUCAGCCGAGCCCCAAGGAGCCCCAAGAGCCAAACCAGCACUACUGAGACAAACGCUGAGCCAGAAGGAUUUGGGUCUCAUCCCAGUGAAAGGCCUCUCAUCUUGAGGAAAGCUUGCAAAGCAACCCAAAAAGCUGCAGAAAACAAUGUCGUUGCAGAAAAAUCAGUGCUAGAGAUUGAAAUCCCUUUGGUGCCAGAAACUUGCAUCACUCGUCAAACAAGUCCCCCAGAGAUCCAAAAUACAGAGGUAACAGGGGACAGUGGAAUAACAAGGACAUCCUCCCCGGUGUAUAACAAACUCCACGCUGAAGAGAAAGCUGAACCAGCCGUUGCCACGUUGUGCUUUGGGACACAGGGCGUGUUCACGGACGGAGAAGCAAAUGUGGAUGCAGCUGCCCUUCACGCAACAGGAGACCAGACUUUUCACUUCCUCCCUGUGGAACUGGUCAAGGAAAAACCUACUGGGUGUUUUCUUGAGGUGAGGGAACCCACUUAUGCGGAGCACAUUUCUGUUUAUGAGCACUCAUACUGCAGACCGGACACUGACAGAGAUCAGCUGUGGAACCGGAUCUUGGGUUUGCAUGGGAAGAUCUUGGAACUGGAUCGCAGGGAAGAGAAGACUGUGACUAAAAUCCACGCCCUGGAGAACGAGAUAGCCCUCCUGAAGAGGGACAGCGCUAUUUUUAAAGAGAAGCAGAAAGCUUUAGAAGAUCAUAUAUCAUCUAUUAUGCUCUGAUUUGUAGAAAAUAUACUGUGGAUGUGCAUGUAUUGUAACUACUAAUUUAUUUAAAUCACAGCUGCACAAACUGUUUGAGUUUACAAAACUCAGUUGAUUCAUGUGUUCAGGAGUGUUGCUUUCCAGUGGCUUCUUUAUUCAUUUGCAGUGUUUGAAAAACUUUAAUCAGUUUAGACCUGAAAGGUCCUAAGUUUUAACUCUUCAUUGUGACAACAGUCCCCAACAUGGGAGUCAUAAGGAGCUAUUACACGAUAACUGAGCUAUUACACGAUGACGAGGCCCCGCAUAGUCAUUCUUCAGAUGUAUGAGGGAACAACAAUCCCCUGCUGUUUACGAAAAAAGUCUCCAAAACAUCUCCAAACAACAUACUUGCCAAAGUUUCUCUUUCUUGCACUUAAUAAAAUAUUAAGUCGCAGUUGAAAUAUAAAUCAUUACUUUUAGCUGUUUAUUUCAUAAUUUAUGAAUGGUGCUGUAAAUAUGUUGUUACUAUUCU